AAAAGAGUUUCAGAGUCUCGCAGAAACCCCCCAUUGCACCUUUCUACGUCUCCUUUUUCUCUUUUUUCCCAUCUCUUUCCAAAGCUUAGGGUUCUCCAAAUUUAGCACCUUUUAUAUAUUUUUUUUAACGUAAUGUACUAUUUUCUUACGUAUCCCACUUAGUUGCUGUUUUCACUGAAUCUUAGCUCCUAAGUCUUGCUUAAUUCCUCUUUAAAAAUUCUUUCGCACUUCUUUUUGUUUGUGAUCAAUUUUCCAUUUCCAUUUUUGCCAACUGCUUCGUAGACUUCAGCUCUCUUCAGCAUUUUCCAAAAUCCCUGCUGCUUUUUCGUUUUCAGAUUCAAGGAUGUCUUCUGUGAUUGGAUUUGCUGGAAAAGAAUGAAUUGAGGAAUGGGGUUGAGUAUGGCAUCAGUGGGUGGGAAGAGAUCUGCUAUGAAGUCCAAGGAUUUGAAGAUCUCUGCACUGGUUUUGGUGUGGUUCUUGUGGAUCUGGGCGGCUCCUGUUUCGCGUGGAGAGACUAAUCCAAGUGAUGUGGCUGCAAUCAAUAACCUAUAUGUUGCAAUGGGCUCCCCUCUUCUUCCUGGAUGGGUUGCUACUGGUGGAGACCCAUGUGGUGAAGCUUGGCAAGGCGUGGUGUGUACGAAUACAGACAUAAUGAGAAUUGUUCUCAAUGGUGCUAAUUUGGGAGGAGAACUGGGCAGUAAUUUAGGAUUGUUUGCUUCUAUUAAAGCAAUAGAUCUAAGCAACAACCACAUUGGGGGCAGCAUUCCGACCACGUUGCCAUCUACGAUGCAAAACUUUUUUCUUUCAGCUAACCAGUUCAGUGGAAGCAUCCCGAGUACUUUAUCCUCUUUAACUCAACUGACAGCCAUGUCUCUUAAUGACAAUCAUUUAUCUGGAGAAAUACCGGAUGCCUUUCAAUCUCUGACAGGGUUGAUCAAUCUAGAUUUGUCCAGUAACAAUUUGAGUGGGGAACUCCCACCUUCUUUUGAAAAUUUGUCUACUCUGACCACCCUACGCUUGCAGAACAAUCAGCUUUCUGGGACCCUUGAUGUUUUACAAGAUCUGCCUCUGAGAGAUUUGAAUAUUGAGAAUAACCAGUUCUCUGGACCAAUACCUGAGAAGUUGCUAAGCAUCCCAUACUUCAGGAAAGAUGGAAACCCAUUCAAUACUACCACUCCUCCACUAAUAACUCCACCUACAUCCCCAUUAAAACCUCCACCAGUGGGUCCAGCACCUCCAUUUUUUAAGGGACUAUCUCCUGAACGUAUGCCUCCGAAACAGGCUGAUGGACCAUCUGCAACAGGGGAAUCGAAUUCUGAAAAAACGAAGAAAGUUUGGACCACUAAGCGGGUGGUUGGAAUAUCAAUUGCGGCGGUAUUUUUUCUGGUGAUUCUGGCCCUGGGACUUGCACUCCUUAUCCCAUGGUUUAGCAGACGAAGGGAGGAUGACAGAUUUUCCAGGCUACAUCAAAUAGGUGCAUAUGAAACUGACAGGCAGAAUCCUAGAGACAAUGGAUCUUUAUCUCCACCAAACAAUGAGAAAGUUCAAAAGGGGGCAGUUGUGAGACCAAAGGAGGACCAUCAGGCAGAGAAUAGAAGAGUAGAAGUGAUUGCAAAAUCAGAGGAUGAGAAAGAGAGAAAUGUGCAGAGAUGGGGUACACUACCAAAGGAGAAAGACAUGAGUACAUUUGAUAUGCAACUGAUGCAUCUUACCCCUUACCCUCCCCCUCCCCCUCCUCCCCCUCCUCCCCCUCCUGUUGAAAAGGUCAUUGCAGCGCCAAAAUUGCCUGCCGAAGUGACUACAAUGAAGCUUCCCUCCAAAACUCUAUAUCCCCCCACUCGUGCGAAGUCUUUCACAAUUGCAUCCCUUCAGCAAUAUACAAACAGCUUCUCACAAGAAAAUCUUAUAGGACAAGGAAUGUUGGGGACUGUUUAUAGGGCACAGCUUCCUGAUGGGAAGCUACUUGCAGUCAAGAAACUGGACAAGAGAGCUUCCAGUCAGAAGGACGAUGAAUUUCUUGAACUGGUAAACAACAUUGAUAGAAUCCAACAUGCCAAUGUUGUUGAACUUAUCGGUUACUGUGUAGAGCAUGGUCAAAGGCUUCUGAUCUAUGAGUAUUGCAGUAAUGGGACACUGCAAGAUACACUACACUCAGAUGAUGAACUUAAAAAGAAACUGUCAUGGAAUGCCCGCAUUCGGAUGGCACUUGGAGCUGCAAGAGCCUUAGAGUAUUUGCAUGAGGUCUGUCAGCCUCCUGUCAUACACAAGAAUUUUAGGUCUGGAAACGUUCUUCUUGAUGAUGAUCUUUUGGUGCAUGUAUCUGAUUGUGGUCUGGCUCCAUUAAUAGCAUCAGGCUCUGUAAGUCAGCUAUCAGGAAGUCUGUUAACAGCUUAUGGUUAUGGAGCUCCAGAAUUUGAGUCUGGAAUUUAUACUGAGCAAAGUGAUAUUUACAGCUUUGGAGUGGUUAUGUUGGAACUUUUAACCGGUCGGAUGUCCUAUGACAGCUCACGGACUCGUGGGGAGCAAUAUCUGGUGAGAUGGGCAAUACCCCAGCUUCAUGACAUUGAUACAUUAUCAAGGAUGGUUGAUCCUGCUCUCCAUGGAGAAUACCCAGCCAAAUCUCUGUCGAACUUUGCAGACAUUAUUGCUCGUUGUGUUCGGUCCCAGCCAGAAUUCAGGCCACCAAUGUCUGAAGUUGUCCAAGACUUAUUGGACAUGAUAAGGAAGGAGUCAAACAGCAGUGGAUCAAAUGGAGACUGAGUUAGAUUAGGGAAUGCAGUAGCGACUUCAGCUUAUGAACGAUGAAGUUGCAGAAAUUACUCUGCAGGAUGACAACCCAAGAAGACAAGUCUACCCUGAACAGGCUGCGGAUGAAUGCGUGGGCUAACACACCCAAAACUGUUACCUAGGAGUCUUCCUGUCAGCCGCAGAACUUUUUGGUCCUGAAGAGUCCAAUUCUUAUGGUCCAUUAUUCUUGAUCAUUCUAUUGUUGAUGAAA